AUGGCUGGAGGAAGAUGCACCCUUUGGAGUGCUACAAACAACGCAGAAGGGCAAUCAACCCGCAAAACUACUGGUCAGGAGCCAGGAGACCAUUGCAACAACGCAGGUCAAGAUGGCACACCUCCAGCAGAGGCGACGACGCCAACGCAUAGUAGCCAGAUGACGGGAGACUCAGGGGUUACCCCAAGUGGGCAACCGGCCCAUAUGACCCUCCCGCUACAACAACGCAGGCAAGAGAGUCAGGAGCCAAUUGCAGGAGACCUGCAGGCAACAGUGCAGCAACUGCUGAAUGCGCUCAACCACACCAAACUGUCAGGGGCCCCCGCAAGCAAAAUCGAGAUCCAACAGCGACAAUUCAACCGCGCCGUACAAGCCGUACAACGGACCCAAGGCGGACUUGUGCCGGGCAGCAGGCAGCCAGCCUUUGACGAGGCUGGUAGGAUUAUUCAAGUGUUGAACAACGUCCAACUGAAACCAAAGCUGGGGAUGGAAACCUGUCGGGGAUUGUGA